AAAUUAUUCAAAAUUAUUAGUUAGUUAAAUGCUUGAAUUCCUAAGCAAUGUUAACUACGUUUAUCAGCUAAGUAAACAAUUGCCGCAGCAACAACAAAGACAACAGCAAAUACCACAAGGUUUGAGUUACUCAUUGUUAACCGGCUAUACCCAAUACGGCUCCCUCUCCAUCACAGUGUGCUAAAUAUAAUAGUUUGUGAAUCAUAAUACAACUGUUAUCGGUUGAUCCCCAAUAAAAGCUCGUGUAUCAGAGGCUCCAAACAUCCUAUAAAGCAUGUCCAAAAACGGAGCCAUAAUGCUCAGCAGCUUUCGCCUGCUUUUAAUGCGACCCGCUCCACAAAAAUUCGGACGCUGCGGUCUGCGUUUAGCACCGGUGACAACGACCUUUGCAACGCUGCACUUGCGACCUGGACAAGCGCUACAAGCACAGCACAGAACAUUUGCAUCGUCAACGCAUUCUGAUGAUGACUCGGACGGGCAAACUGGACGGAUAAAGCACAAAAAGCAACUGGAUAGUGGAGGCGAGGAUAUCGGCCGCCUCAAUGUGAGCGAUUUAAAAGCACGCCUGCGGGCACGCGGGCUCAGCGCCACGGGCCGCAAACAAACGCUAAUUGAACGCUUAGAGACGGCCGCAGCUACAGAGAUAGAGACAGAGACUGAAACAGAAGCAAAUGUGUCCCUAACUCGCCACCGGGAGGCAGCAACACAAAGUCUCAUCGAGCCGCAGGUCGACAGCGCUUUAGCUGCACCAACCGAGCCAACUGCCUCGUCCACACAGUCGCCUCACCAGGACAUCUUUGUGGAGUAUGUGAGUGGCAUGCCACAUCUGACAGUUCGCCUGCCCAGUCGCAAUGAGCUGUGUCAGUUUGCACUGAAGCCCAUUUCGCACAAUGUGGGACAUUUGCUGGCCAUGCUGAAGGAGGAAGAUCGCGGCAUUGAUCGAGCGGCUAUAAUCAACAAGCAUGGCGUGCGCAUUGCCUCAUCCUGCAGCAUUGAGAGCUUGCUAGAUGAUGAGUUCAGCAUACAAAUAAAUAAUCGCUGCUUAGAAGUGAAGCCGCCCAAGCGCGAGAAGAUCACAAUAGAAACUAUAGACAAGAUGGGCGAUGUGCGUAAAAUUGUGGCACAGCUCUAUGAAGCCUUCAAUGUAAGCGAAUAUCAACUAGAAAAGAGUAAUCAAUUGACAAAGGAACUGGAAAGCCUACGCUAUGAACUGGAGCCACUCGAAGAGAAAAAAUUGGAGCUGAGUCGGAAGGCAGAACGUCGCACCAAUAUUAUGACCUGGGUGGGUCUGGGCCUCAUGUCCGUGCAGUUCGGCAUAUUGGCGCGCCUGACCUGGUGGGAAUACUCCUGGGAUAUUAUGGAGCCAGUGACCUACUUUGUCACAUACGGCACCACCAUGGCCAUGUACGCCUACUAUUGUGUUACGAAGCGUGAAUAUAUCUUGGAGAAUGUGCACAAUCGCGAGUACUCGCUGUCCCUCUAUAAGAACGCCAAGAAGGCCCAGUUCGAUGUGGAGCACUAUAAUCGACUAAAACGCCGCUCAGCGGAGUUGGAAUAUAAUCUAAGACGCAUCAAUGAUCCAAUCAAUAUGCAACUGCCAGCCCACUUGGUGCGCGCCCAAAUAGACACGCCCCCAACAGACGAGAGCAACGGAUCCACAGUGGCUCAACAGAAAAGUACUUAAUUACCGCCACGCCUACAAUGGGGAGGGAGCAACAGAUUUUGUAAUUCAAAGACAAGUUUAUGUUUAAGCCCUCACUGGCUGUAUCAAUCAACUCAAGUCAUUUAGCAUAAAAGAAUUGCACAGAGUAAAGAAAUCGGAGCUCGGAAUGAAAUUAUAGUCACUGAAUAGAUCAAAUCGUAUAUAGAAUGUCAUGUAGUAGCGUAUAUAUCUGGUUUGGAGAGCAAUGAAUGUAUUUUACUUUUACUUAUUUGUUUAUUUUACGUAGUUCUCAUUUUCUGUUAACUGAAUGUUUAGUUAGUUUAUGUUUAUAUUUAAUUAGCGUAAGCCAAGUUAUGGACGAGCACAACAUGGCGCACAAGCAACAACAGUAGUUGCAGUUUACUAGCUGACAUAUACUUUCUGCUUAAUAUUAUUUAGUUAUUUAUUUUUGUUUUUAAUUAUACAUAUGUAUUUUUUGUGCGUUUGCA